AUGUGGUCUGAAAGGUUUAUUUUAUUAUUUUUAAGAGCGGUUCCUUCCCUCUCUGCCGGGACAGACGCUGCCGUCCGUGGGGUCUGCGGACUGACUUUGCCGUCUACCGUAUUGUUGGGACUCACUCAUACUUUUGCAAGUCACACUAGACCGUUCAUCCUGACAGCUGGUCCUAUCUGUCCUCGUCUGCCUCCUUGCCCGGCGAGGGCCAUCUGGGUUCACAGCCAGCUCUCUGUCCCUGAGAACAAGUGCAAGUUCUUCAGUCUGACUGAGACGCCGGAGGAUUACACCAUCAUUGUUGACGAGGAGGGGUUCCUAGAGCUGCCCUCCUCGGAGCACCUGAGCGUGGCAGACGCCACCUGGCUGGCCUUGAACGUGGUGUCGGGCGGGGGCGGCUUCUCCAGCUCGCAGCCCAUCGGCGUCACCAAGAUCGCCAAGUCGGUCAUCGCCCCGCUGGCGGACCAGAACAUCUCCGUGUUCAUGCUCUCCACCUACCAGACGGACUUCAUCCUGGUGCGUGAACGGGACCUGCCCUUUGUCACUCACACCUUGUCAUCAGAGUUCACCAUCCUGCGGGUCGUCAACGGUGAGACAGUAGCUGCUGAGAACCUUGGCAUCACCAAUGGCUUCGUGAAGCCCAAGAUGGUCCAGAGGCCUGUCAUCCAUCCUCUGUCCAGCCCAAGCAACAGGUUCUGUGUCACCAGCCUGGACCCUGACACGCUGCCUGCGGUGGCCACACUUCUCAUGGAUGUCAUGUUCUACUCCAAUGGAGUGAAGGACCCCAUGGCUACCGGGGAGGACUGUGGCCACAUCCGCUUCUUCUCCUUCUCCCUCAUUGAGGGCUACAUCUCCCUGGUGAUGGACGUGCAGACCCAGCAGAGGUUCCCUAGUAAUCUGUUGUUCACGAGCGCGUCUGGAGAGCUCUGGAAGAUGGUGCGGAUCGGAGGACAGCCCCUGGGAUUUGAUGAGUGUGGCAUCGUGGCGCAGAUCUCCGAGCCCCUGGCCGCCGCAGACAUCCCCGCCUACUACAUCAGUACCUUCAAGUUCGACCACGCGCUGGUGCCGGAGGAGAACAUCAGCGCCGUCAUCAGCGCCCUGAAAGUCAGCCAAGCAGAGAAGCACUAGGGGGGCCUCCUCCCUCCUCCCUGUCUGCCCCCCAGGCCUGGGCCCGGCCCCCACCCUGAAGAUUCUUCUUGCAGUAUUUCUCAGACUGGAAAAUCGGCCCCAGGGGCCCCCAAGAAGGGGCCUCUGGGAGACGCCCCCAAUCGCUUCCCCUGCCAGGCCUGGGGCGCCCAAGCCAAGGCCUCCCUGUGCCCUUCCUGGAGCCCUCAGACCCUCCAGAGAGCCCCUAGUCUCCUCCUCCCCCCGACUCCUCCUCCAGAAAAUGACGUCCGAGGCCCAGGGAGCUCGGCAGCCCACCCACCUUCCCACCUGGCCUCGCCCACGGGGGGGGGCGGGUGCUGAAGGAAGCCGGGCCCUCCUGCGAGAUGAUGGGGUUCUGGUUCUCAUGUCAUCCUGGGGAGCUGGCCGAGCAGGGCUGAGUUCAUGGAGCCCAGGGAGGCCCCCGUGAGGCCCUGGGGCUGGAUGUUGUAGUCGCUGGUCUCUGGUUCCAUCAGCUCCGGGCUGGUUCCCGCAGAGUGGAGGCCAGUGGGCGGCCCCUGGGUCGCGUGCUGGGGCAGCUCGGACAAACCUGGGUGGGCCCCGAGCUGGGGAGGACCCGUGCCGCCCAGAAUCUCGCCUGCCGUGCACAGGGCCUGUGCCCCGACUCCCAGCAAGACUGCCAAGGGGGCCCUGUCCAGACCCUCCCCACCGUAAGCACUCGCUCCUGGGGGCGGUUCCCGGGAGACCCACCAGCCUGGGGCAUGAGCGCCUGUCCCCUCUUGCUUUCCCUGGACCCUACCUGGGCAGGCAGAGCCUUGGUUUCCCCCAAGUGGGGGCAUCCCCAGCAUUCAGGACCUGAGGUUUCUUGGGUCACCCCCACUCCCCAGCAGUUGACUAGACCAGCACAGGCCUCCCCUGAUAUCCUGCCCCCUCCCCCACCCCACUUUUGGGGGAUGCGGAAGGCCCCUGCCCCCAACUCACCUGCCUGCCCACCCCUCAGCAGGGGACUGUGGCACUCAUGAGUACUUGACCUGGGGGGCAGCUUAUCUGAGCCUUAAUAGAGAAAACUGUACCGUACGUUUUAGUUUCUUAUUUAAUAUAUUUGCGCCCAGGCUGCGGUUAGUGGCAGUUUUCGGGGGACGGGGCCUACUGAGUUCUGUCGGGGGCCCAGGGGCUCGGUAUCACUCAGCUGGCGCCCUGCGGCUCCCAGGACAAGCAGGAGAAUCGAGGGGUGUCCCAGGAGUGUGGGCCCUCUCUUUGGAGCAGGAAGUGGGCCACAGAGGUCUGUUGCAAGGCAGGGGUCCCCCCAGGGCAGCCCCACUGACGGGCACCCAGGGAGCCGUGGUCUGUGUGAACAUCAGAGGGGACCCAGAGGCCACGGGGCAGUGGCCAGCCAGGUGGCUGGCCAGCUGAGGCGGUCUUGUACCCCUGGGAGGCUGACCAGGGAGCAUGGGGUGAGCUCCCGUGCCUCCCCUCCAGCCGGGGGUGCUUCCCAAGCGAGCUGGACCAGAGGGUCCCUUGAGGCCCCUGUCCUCCCUGGUGUUCUCUCUCAGGCAGCUUGGCUGACUGCGCCGUCCCAAGAAGCUCAGAGGAGAAAGGACGUUCCCUUAGGCGAAGGGCUUGUGUGAGCCCCAGUCCCCCCUUCUCCCAGAGUGAAGAAGACCCUCUGAGCCCCAGCAGCCCACCACGGAAGAGCCGUGGGUCUGGAUCCUUGAAGAUGCUCAGGGCCCAAGCACUGAUUAGGAACCCUCUUCUUUUUUUUUUUU